AUGGCUCAAGUACCGCGCAACUUUCGGCUGCUCGAGGAGCUGGAGAAAGGCGAAAAGGGGCUGGGCAACGGCUCGUGCUCUUAUGGCCUUGCGAACAGUGAUGACAUUCUCAUGACAACGUGGAAUGCCACGAUCCUAGGUCCGGCCAACUCGGUGCAUGAGAACCGCAUAUACUGCCUGCGCCUCGUGUGUGGCGACUCAUAUCCUCUUGUGCCGCCUGAGAUUUGGUUCCUGACGCGCAUCAACUUGCCGUGCGUCGACGCCCAUACCGGCCGCGUCAUGCCCGAUCAGUUCUCGCCCCUCUUGCAUUGGCGUGAUGAGUACACUAUGGAAAGCUUGCUCGCCGAGCUGCGCCGCGUCAUGGCGCAGCCCGCGAACAAAAAGCUGCCGCAGCCUGAAGAGGGCUCGACGUACGCCUAG